AUGGCUUCAGCAGGACCCAUGGCCAAUUCCAUGUUUGUGGUGGCACCUCCCAAUGGGUAUCCUGAGAUCCAAGGAGGCAUGUGUCAGGUGCCCCCGUAUCCCAGCAACCAGCCCCAAGUCCACCUCAUUCCUGUGAACCCCCCUGGUUUGAAGUCAUCUGUAACUGAGCAACCUGCCCAGAGAGCCUUGAAAGAGGGCAAAGUCUUAGGGGCCAUCCAGAUCCUGAUUGGCCUGGUCCACGUGGGCCUCGGCUCCAUCAUGGCCACCGUCCUCUCAGGGCACUACACAGCGAUCUCGUUCUACGGAGGCUUUCCCUUCUGGGGAGGCGUCUGGUUCAUCAUUUCAGGAUCCCUCUCAGUGUCAGCCGAAAAUCAGCCAAAAUCCUCUUACCUGCUGAAUGGCAGUUUGGGCUUGAACAUUGUCAGCGCAAUCUGUUCUGUGGUUGGAAUGACACUCUUCAUCAUGGAUAUGAGUCUCCCUCCCAUCUAUGCCCGCCCUGACUCUUAUCCCUACUAUGACACCUGGGGUGUGACCCCCGGAGUGGCGAUUUCGGGCGUGCUGCUCAUUUUCUGUCUCCUCGAGUUCGGCAUUGCCUGUGCAUCUUCCCACCUGGGCUGCCAACUGGUCUGCUGUCAGCACAACGUGGGCGUGGUCCUCCCGAAUGUCUAUAUGGCAAACCCAGUGGUCGUCCCAGAACCAGUGAACUUGCCACCGACUUAUUCCAACGACGCCCAGGGCUCCAGAUAA